CCCUGACCGUUGUGUUAUUUUAAUUACUGCGACUCUGUGAAUGAAUGAACAACAGUAAACUAUGGAACAGUUCACAUAAACUUCUGAGCGCUGAACCUCCUCCAACUUUCACUCCUCCAACUUUCACUCCUUAAAAGUCACCAAAAGGGUGAGUACACCGGCUCGUCAAUCUACAACUGGAGUCCACGGCUGACACUGCCAAGUAAAGGGACAACAACAGUCUUAAAGUAGACCUUGGUAAAUGUAACAAGAGAAGGUUCAAGUCUUUUUAAACCUUAGUUUAUAGUAACAUACAUCAAGAGGAAUCUCUGGACACCAUGGAGGAAGCCCUAAACACCACUAUUGAUCCGGCUUGUUUACAGGAGCCACCGCUGGCCAUCGACGUGAUAAAGGGAAUGGACGGGUUUGAAUUUUUCCUGUACUGCAUGCUCACCUUCAUGUCCUGCGUCUCUUUGGUGCUGUACUUGGAGCAGUGCGUCUUUAUCUAUAAUCACAUGCCUUACCCCAAAAAGACCACCAUCAUUUGGGUGACUGGUGCAGCACCAGUCAUUGCCACCAUGUCUUGUUUUGGGAUGUGGAUCCCAAGGGCAGUCAUGAUCACAGACAUGACAUCUAACUGUUAUUUUGCAGUGGUGGUCUAUAAGGUGUUGGUUCUGAUGAUCGAGGAGUUGGGGGGAACCAAUAUGUUCCUGGAGAGGUUUUCGGGUAAAACUGUAAGGGUCAACACUGGACCCUGCUGCUGCUGCUGCGCCUGUUUACCCCGCGUGCCCAUGACACGGCGAUUGUUAUUCUGGCUGAAGGUGGGUGCCCUUCAGUAUGCCAUUCUUAAGACGGUGCUCUCUGUCGUCUCUGUGGUUUUGUGGACCAACGGCAACUUUGAUCUCUCUGAUCUAGAGAUCACUGGUACAGCUAUUUGGAUUAACCCAUUCAUUGGUGUACUCACCAUCAUCUCCUUGUGGCCUGUUGCCAUUGUCUUCAUGAACUCAAACAGCUUUCUACUCAGCCUCAACAUUGUACCCAAGUACGCCAUGUACCAAUUAGUACUUGUGUUGAGUCAGCUGCAGACAUCAAUCAUUAACAUCCUGGCCUUGGAUGGAACCAUCGCUUGUGCUCCUCCUUUCUCUUCAAUAGCUCGUGGAUCAUUGCUGAGUCAGCAGUUGGUGAUCAUGGAGAUGUUCAUCAUCACCCUUGUCUGUCGAUUUUUGUACCGUCGCACAUAUGACAGACUUCCUCCUGAAGCACAUGACAACCACCUCAACGGUCAAGUGUCCCUGCAGGCUGCUCUGGUGGAGCAUGACGUCUAAAACAAGAGACAGUGGAAGAGCUGAAGUUGACACUGCUCCUUAAAGAUGUAUCAUAUCAUCAUGCCUGAAAGAUCACCAAAUAUUAAUGUCAUAGCCAUUUUUUUUUACAUUUUUUUUUUUACAUUUUCUCAUUUAAACAAAUGUUAGAGAAGAAAACAUGCAAAACAAAUAACUGAACACCAAAGUGAUAACCCCCUUCAAAAAAAGUCCCACUGAGUAUUGUUGGGUGUUCAGGUUAUCAAGAGCAACUCUUAUUGAGGAAAAGAUGUGUUUUUUUUUUUUUUUACUUUACUU